CAACAAGAUGGCGGCGCCGGGACGGCUCACCGGCCCUGCGUGGGAGUCCCUGACAGCUAGGAUCUAGACUGAACUAUGAGCUCACCUCUGGCCUCCCUUAGCAAGACCCGGAAAGUGCCCCUGCAGUCGGAACCUGUGAAUCCUGGAAGGCGAGGGAUAAGAAUCUAUGGCGAUGAAGAUGAGGUGGAUAUGCCGAACGAUGGGCCUGGCUCUGAAGAAGAGAUCUCUGUCCCUUCCUGCUACAGCAACAAAUUUGCUUCUGUGAGUAGGCCAGGUCCCCCAUACCAUGACUCAGAUAUGGCGAGGAGGAUGCAAGAACUGGAGCAGCAGGUGAAAGCCCAGAGAGAUGAGAUGGUGUCCAAGGAUCAGAAGAUCCUGGCCCUGGAGGACCUGGUGCAGCGCCUGCAGCAGAACCAGGGUGAGGUAAGUGGGCAGCGGCAGGAGGAGCUGCAGACCAUGUGCACGCAGCUGCAGCRGCAGGUCGGGGAGAUGGAGCGGUUCCUCAACGACUACGGCCUGCAGUGGGUGGGUGAGCCUAUGGACCAGGAGGAUUCGGAGGACAAGACGGUCUCAGAGGAGGAAGAGAGGGACUGGAUGACCGCCAAGAAGUUCUGGAAGCCAGGGGAUUCACUAGUGCCCCCUGAGGUGGACUUUGAUAGGCUGCUSGCCAGCCUGCAGGAUCUCAGUGAGCUGGUGGUAGAGGGUGACACCCAGGUGACGCCAGUGCCUGGUGGGGCACGGCUCCAUGCCCUUGAGCCCAUCCCGCUGAAGCUCUACAGGAAUGGCAUCAUGAUGUUUGAUGGGCCCUUCCGGCCCUUCUACGAUCCCUCCACACAGCGCUGUCUCCGGGACAUACUAGAUGGCUUCUUCCCUUCAGAGCUCCAGCGACUCUACCCUGAUGGGGUUCCCUUUAAGGUAAGUGACCUGCGCAAUCAGGUCUACCCUGAGGAUGGGCUGGGCCCAUUCCUGGGUGAGGGCCGUGUGGUAGGCCGACCAAAGGUGCGCAAGGCUUCGGACAGAGUGGAGGAGCACCCAGGCUCCAGGAUGACUGCUGAGAAAUUUCUGAACAGGCUUCCCAAGGUUGUGAUCCGACAAGGCCAGGUGAUUGACAUCCGGGGCCCCAUCAGGGACACCUUGCAGAACUACUGCCCACUACCUGCCCGGAUCCAGGAGACCAUAGUGGAGACGCCUGCCUUGGUGGCUGAGCGGGAAAGGAGUCAGAAGUCACCCAACACACCAGCACCCCCCCUCUCCAUGCUGCGCAUCAAGUCUGAGAAUGGGGAGCAAGUCUUCCUCCUGAUGAUGUGGCCCAAUGACACUAUGGGUGAUGUGCGUGCCCUGCUAACACAGGCCAGGGGCAUGGAUGCAGCCACCUUUGAGAUCUUCAGUACCUUCCCACUCRUGGUCUACCAGGACGACACACUCACGCUGCAGGCUGCAGGCCUGGUGCCCAACGCAACACUGCUACUGCGGCCAUGCAGGGCCCCAUUGUCUGACCCUGGCCCCAACUCCAGCUCUAGCCAUGAAUAA